UCCCUCCCUUCAUGCAGUGCCGUUUUCUACGAAUUGUACCGACCAUUGCACGGGGUUGGCCUUCCGUGAAUAAUUUCUGUAGAUUGCAGGGAAUCUUAGUUGUGAUCGCAUUGUUCUUAGUUGUGCGAGCUCUCUCACGGGGGGGAUUUGUGGAUACCGGCGCUGCCGAGAGUUUUUUCAGUAUUCGGAUCUCGUAGUUUGGAUUUCGGAUUUGUGAUUUCGAAUCAUGCGUGUUUCGCUUUUGAGAGGACAUGACGUUUAUAGCGGUGGAGGGUGCUAAUAGAUGGAUGCAGCUCUGGUUGUGUGAGUUGUGUGACGAGGUUCUUCUUUCUAGAAACUUGUAAUUUUUGUCUCGUGACCUGCAGUUUUUUCAAGUUUGGCGGAUUACAGCGCUGACUUGUUGUCGUAGACGAAAUGAGUAGAUGACACCACUAGGCAGCUUUGAAAUUGUUACAUUAUUUGGCCGGCGGAGUAUUCCCGUCUACUUUAAUUAGCAAUUACUUCAAUUAUUUCAAUUGAGACUGUGGGAUUACACUCUAUAUGUUUUUCCCCUAGGACCCGCCUCAGCGCAAUUAUCGUUGCUCAUCGCACUAGCUCUCUUACACUGUAGGCAUCUCGCCUGUCGUUUUCUGUUUAUACUGAAUUCCUCAGAGGACCGAGGGGUCUGAUUUUAUUUAAUUAUUAUUUUAAAAUUUCUUCUUCUGUUUUCCUUUGGAAUGCCAUCGUAAUGGAUUCAUCCUUAGGGGGCGCAACAUGAUCUGCAGCUGUAAUUCUCUCAUCUUGACACUGAAGACUAUGAUUGUGCUGGCCGAAAUGCCCACAAAUAAUUGUGAAUACGUGGGAUUUUUUGGUAUGUUCUAUAUCCAUGACCCUAUACAAAGUGGUUCAGAAAUACGUUUGUGCAUCCAACAUCAAGAUUUGUUAUCUACAUUUGUGAACGCUUCGUUGGAAAGGAAAUUUUGCGAUGAUUAAUUUUCAGGCAUGGGAAGACCAAGACCCUCGAGAAAGCAUCUUGAAUCUGUGAUGGAAGGAACACUGUCUAUGGGGUUUUUAUAGAAGCAACAUUAGCAGAGAAGCUCAAUGCUUCGCAGAAAAGCAUUGAAAGUUUCCCUACAAGCCUGUGCACGUAACUUGGGAUUAUAUUUGAUGUCCAUUUUACAGUGAAUCUGUUUGUUAACAUCAUAUUUUUAGAUUCAUAUAAGGAUUGCUCAUUUCGAAGCGCAAUUCUCUUGGAAAGCUUGACUUGCUUCAGCUCUCUCCCAUAGGUGCAUAUUUCACCGCAAGAAGGCGAAGGAAAUUGUAGACACCUGGACUUCAUAGUUUCAAGGCUCCAUAGAGGAGCAGCGUGUACCUGUUUUUACAUAUUUAGCUAACCACAUUCUGCAGAUUAGUCGGCGGAAAGGUCCAGAGAUUGUGAGCGCGUUUCACACUGUUCAUUACGGCCUACUUUAAUAGCCAAGUUAGAAGUUCAACCCGCACUAUGCCACUGAGAAUGCCAAUUCAAACUUCCAGGUUUACUGAAAGUGUUUGCGGACAGAACAAUCGCGGAUGCAACAGACCAAGACUGUGCCGCAUCGAUGGACUUCUGAAGUAACAAAUGCCGUUGACUACCGUGUGGGAGUAGCACCGACCAGUCGUUCUCGUGUGAAGAAAUCAUCAAGCAGAGAGUACAACAAUCAAGCACCAAGGUAGUUGGACACUAAAACCCAUAUAUUUGUGUCAAGUGGAUCAGAAAACCGCAAGAAACACCAAUAUUAUCGAGCUCCCUGUAGAAUCAAUAGUGACGAUCCAAGCACCAAUCUCGGCACCGUCUUCAGCUGUAAGCACUGCUGCAGCGAUUGCAGCCAACUCAUCAUCAGCUGCUAUGCUAUACUUCAGUACUAUCAUCACUGGCAGCAGACGAAGCCAACAGUGGCUCAUAGUCACGCUAAAUCAGUAUGCCCCACGUUGUACACUAAACAAUAGUUGAAGGAUUUCAAUCAUGGGUUUCAGAAAAGGAUUGCGAUCAGAAAAGCAAGUUAACAGAUUUGUGAUUCGUUGAGCGGGACGCUGCAGAAAUCUUAUGAAUUUGUGUUUACGACGAGGUUGUGAACACUCAUCUUAUGAAUUUGUGUUUACAACCCCAUCACCGCCCCCUUCGAGUCGCAAAGGGAGCUUGGAGUGUCGUCGGCUGCGCCUCAUUCCAUGGCCGAAAGCUGAGCUGAGAGAGAGAGAGAGAGAGAGAGAUCGAUUGUGUCGAAUUACCUUUUCUUCUGGACCCGUGAAUAAUGGCAUUGCCAGCGACAUGGGUUUCGUGGCGAAGUUUGGAUCCAGUUUCGUUACCCGCAUGACUGACUGACUGACUGACUGACUGUGUCUGUUUGCAUGCAGCUCCAGCUCCAGCUUCCUUGCUUUUUUGUUGCUUCGUGCCGAGAGCCUGCUGAGUCUGAAUGCUCCCUGCUCUCAUGAAAUCUCACCGGUAGUGACACGUGGUUGUGAAGCUCGGCAUCUUUACCUGGUCUGCAAUUCCAGAUGGGUGUGUGCUUACGACGAGGUUGUGAGUGUUCAGUUGGCCUCGCAGGAUUGAUUCUCUCUCGCUCGCUCUUUGUCUGUAUGGCUGUCAAAGCUUGUACAUGAAAUUGCUCGUGGAUUUGUCAGCCUUUUAGGGCUGUGUUUCUAGUUUGAUGUUCUCUUUCGAUGCUUAGGUUUGAAGGGAGUAGGUUGGGUGGAAUGCUAGCUUCCGCGAAGUCCUCGUCGUGCGUAAGGCGUUUUUCGCAAAAUCAGCUUUGUCUGUUCAGCAGGAUCUGUACCAUCACGGAUUUCUCCAAGUUUGGGAUAAUAGAAACAAGCAAUUUGAGUGCAUUAGCAGAUUCAACAACUCGUCCAGAAGUGUUUAUGAGCCGACAAUUUACUGACUUCUUCUGUAAUUGCCGUCAUUACCGUUCUGAUUGAGUCCAAGGCAAAUGCUAUCAGCUGGUGCAAGUUUAAUUACUCAUAGACGGGUCACAAUGCCUAGCUUUCUAUCGAUCUGAUGCGAUGGCGUGAAACAUUCAAGACCAUAUAAUGUAAGAGAACAAUGGCUAGCAGUGCCCCGUCGUGGAGGCUGCAGACAGGACAGUAGUGCCAGGACUUCGUGAGACUUUAUGGAAACAACAAGAUCAAAAAGUGACAUUUCCGAAGCUACAGAAGGAUGCGAGUUUUGAUGUAAUCGUAGUUGGAGCAGGCAUCUCUGGGCUUAGCAUUGCGUAUAAUUUGCUGAAGGCAGGGAAAAGUGUCAUAGUAAUCGAAUCCCGAGUAGUUGGUGCGGCAUGGCAGGCAGGUCGACGGCUCACAUUAUGCCUUGGUUCGAUGACCAUUAUCACUUGGUGGAGAAAUUUCAUGGUUUCCAGAAUGCUAAAUAUGUGGCUGACGGUUACACAAAGGCCAUUGACUGGAUUGAGCAGACUGUGAAUGAAGAGAAAAUCAACUGCAAUUUUUCUCGUGUUGAUGGAUAUCUCUAUCCGCACGACGACUCCGUAGGUACUCGAGACAAGUUGCAUAAGGAAUUUGAUGUUUGCAAGAAGCUUGGCCUCAACGUUGACAUGGUAGAUUUGGGUAAAGAUCCAUCUAGUGGAGGCAUCGGCACUGCCAUGAGGUUUCCGAAUUCUGGACAAUUUGAUCCCAUCAAGUAUGUCAAUGGGCUUGCCAAAGCCGUAGCUUCCAAGGGAGGGAAGAUACACGAGACAACAAAAGUCGGCAAGAUUGAGAACAAUCAGGUGACCACGGAGGAUGGGAUUGUAGUGACAGGGGGAGAUGUGGUUUUGGCUACAUUUACACCACUUCAUAGAGAACAGCUCAUUCACUCCUUCCAGCAGCCGGAGUUAUACUACGCCAUUGGCCUCAAGCUACCAAAAGGAUCUGUAAAGAAAGCCCUGUGGUGGGACACAGCUACUCCAUGUCACACUGUUCGGAUUGAGGAGAAGGAGGAUUAUGACGUCUUACUCGUGGCUGGUGAGUAUCACAACGCGGGGAAGAAAUCUGUGGAAUAUCUUGAUGCCUAUUCCAUCCUUGAGAAAUGGGCUAAAGAUCGGUGGACAUCUGCUUGUGAAGUGAUUUGCAAAUGGACUGGUCAGGUUUAUCAGCCCGUGGGCUAUGUACCAUUGAUCGGGCCUGACCCGUUGGCAGGCAAGACUGGUGAUUUAAUAGCUUGGGAUCAGCUUGUCGUCACGGGCGACAGUGGACAAGGUAUAACCUCUGGAACCAUUGCUGGAAUACUCAUUACAGACAUGAUAACUAAAAAGGAUAAUCCAUGAGCUGAAGUUUAUUCUCCUAAAAGGAGAGCUAAAAUCACCAAAGAAACUGUUACUGGCACUGGAGUUCGAAUCUGGAACACCAUUGAGGGCAUCAAGGACUUGCUGCCAUUCGCAGGUUCAGACAGUGUGGAUAUCGAAGAUCUUGCCCCUUGUGGCGGGUGCGUUGUUCAGUCGGGUGCGAGAAAAAUGGCCGUCUACAAGGACGAGAAAGGCUGUCUACACAAGUUCUCAGCUAUAUGUCCCCAUUUAGGAUGUGUUGUGAAGUGGAACCCAGUUGACGGUGUCUUCAACUGUCCUUGCCAUGGAUCCAUCUUCGAUCACCAUGGAACUGUGAUCAAUGGUCCUGCCAAUGAUAACCUUGCCGCAUUAGAUUAGACUGUAUCCCAAAUUCAAAUAUUGGCACAUAAUGUACUUACCCCGUUCGCCUUGACCUUGUGACGUUGACUCGUGAUAAUAAAAUAGGGAAACCACUGUUUGUCGGAUGCCUAGAUCUCAACAUCACGAGUUACUGGAAUAUAACCGGGCAUCGGUUAUAUGUUGUGAUGUAAAUUGUAAGUAAAAUGUAGAAACUUUCUCAGUGAGUGUGAGUUAUGUUGUUGUGUCAGUGUGUGCCUCGAAAAGUGUAGAAACGCACCCUCUAGAGCGUUAUCAGAAUUCUUACUCAUAUGCGUUAAAGCAUUGGAUACUACUUGAAUGGUACGUUUUACUGAACAGAUCGUGUAGAGGGUGAUUAGUUUUGGUAUGAUCUUCACAACGGUGGACUGUAAACGAGUUAUUCUUGGCUCUUA